AUGACUGAAUCAAUUGCAAACGGUCCUUCGUCUGCGUUCGGACAGCGUGGCAAAGUUGUCACCGUGGGGAAUGGAGCGCGUAUCUUGUGCAUCGCUGACGUGAGAGGAAACCUCUCCCAAAUCAACGACCUCGCACGAGAGUCUCGAGCGGAUGUAGUCCUACACACUGGUGACUUCGGUUUCUACGACGAAUCUUCCCUGGAGCGCAUCACCGACAAGACCCUCCGUCACGUCAUCCAAUACUCCCCCCUCAUCCCUCCAUCAUCUCGUCACCAAUUCCCCACAAACCCGAGCACGCCCACCAAUCAGUUGCGUCAGGCAAUUACUAGUUCGUCUACGCCUAUUCUCUCUGAGUUACCGUUGUUUUUGGCGGGCGCGAAGAGGUUUGAGGUUCCGGUUUAUACUGUUUGGGGUGCGUGCGAGGAUGUCCGCGUUAUCGAGAAAUUCAGGGCGGGUGAGUACCGUAUCCCCAAUUUCCACCUCGUGGACGAGCACUCGUCUUGGAUGAUUGAUCUCGGGGGUUGUAAGCUGCGGUUGUUGGGUCUCGGUGGUGCCGUCGUCACGCAUAAGCUCUUCGACAACGGCGAGGGACGAACGACGAUUGCGGGUGGUCAGGGCACGAUGUGGACCACGAUUCUACAGAUGGGAGAACUGUUGGAUACCGCUGCGCGCGUAUUCGACUAUUCCGAGACCAGGGUGUUCAUCUCGCAUGCUUCCCCGGGACGAGAGGGGUUGUUGGCGCAGUUAGCGUUGACGUUGAAGGCUGAUUUCACCGUCAGUGCUGGUUUGCAUUUCCGUUACGCGAGCUCGUAUAACGAUUUCUCGGUACACCCCUCCCACGACCACUUCCGCGCGAAGCUCAUCUCCGCUCGUGCGGGAUUCAUGGAUGUGUGGGAGACUGUCCGUGGGCAGGUCGAGGCGAGCGUUUCGGAUACGCAGCGUGUUCUUCUUGACAACGUCCUCGAGAUGGUUAACCGUAUGCCCAAGUCCACCGACGAGAGCGCGAAGGAGGAUGCGUCGUUCAAGAAUAUGUGGAACUUCAACUUGAGUGAUGCUGCUUUCGGAUGGGUCGUGUUGGGUGUCGAGGGCGGUAGGGUGAGCGCGGAGAUGAAGGCGCAGGGUUUCAACUUUGCGUACAGGAGGGGAGGAAACGGACAGGAAGCUAAACCUAUCCAGUCCCCCGUGAAACAGCAGGCAGCACCUGUACAACAGCAACAGCAACAGCAACAGCAACAACCAAAGGCCGAGAUGGCUGCUCCUGAACCUGUCGCUACUCCCACGGAGCCCAACCCCGCCAUCGCCGCUUCCGCAGGAGCUCCCGCCGCCCCUCCUACCCGUCCCGCACGCACCCCCUCCCAACCCUUCGUCACCGGCGAACAAGGCUACUGGGUCUCCCCCGUCGACUCCGACCAAGAAGCCCGCGAGAUCUUCGCCACCCAAGAUCACUCCGCCAUCACCGGUAUCCGCUUCCGUCCCGACAAGCACUUUGCGUACGUCUACUUUGGGUCCAAGGAGACGAUGUUGGAGGCUCGUGCUCGUGUUGUGAAGUCUCAGAAUGAGAGGACGGGGAGGACGUAUGCGAUUAGUGAGAUUCAGAAUAGGCGUGGAGCUGGAGCGGGUGGUGCUGCGGGGAGUGCGAGUGAGAGUGAGGGAGCUGCUGGUGUCGGUGCCGGUAAUGGUCGGGGUGGUAGAGGAGGACGUGGUGGAUUGAGGGGGAUGGCGAGGGGUGCUAUGAGGGGACGUGGUGGAUUUGGUGGACCGGGAAGGUUCGGUGGUCCUGCGCAAGUUGAGGGUGGAGAGAAGCCUGCCGGUGGUGAGGCGAAGAAAGAUGAUGCUACUCCUGCACCAGCACCCGCUGAGAAUGCCGAGAAGCCUGCUGUUGCUGUUGCUGGAUGGGAGUAA